UUUUGAGUGUCAGGACAAAGGGAACUCAGUUACGUUAGUGGUGAAUCAAACGAAAAGAUUUUAGUUUUCACAUUCGUAAACUCCAAUAUCUUAUUUUGUUUGCUUAUUAUAGAUCAUGCUUGAACUGGAAAUUGUACCAGAAAGAUCGAUUGGAUGCGAACAAUGGGAAUUUAUAUUAGGAAUGCACUUCAGCCAAGCAGUGGCUAUCAUACAAUCACAAGUCGGAAUCAUCAAAGGUGUUCAAGCUAUUUACAGCGAUUCAAACCCACUGGGGACUGACCUGGUGCUGAAUCUUCCACAGGAUGGGAUUCGACUCGUCUUUGACUCUGUGGUUCAGAGACUUAAGAUUAUCGAGAUUUAUAACAUGAAGCUGGUGAAGCUUAAAUACUGUGGACUGGUGUUCAACUCACCUGAAGUGUGUCCGAGCAUUGAGCAGAUUGAGCACUCAUUUGGUGCGACACACCCGGGCGUGUACGACGCAGAGAAACAACUCUUUGUGCUCAACUUUCGAGGUCUUUCUUUCUCCUUCCACGUGGAGACCAAGUUUCAGCCGAGCCACACAGCAGGGCUGGGGUCGUUGCAGUUCGCCAGUGGCUCUUCGCCUUGUGUCUCCGCCACCAGUGUAUACUCGGGACAAAGCUUGGCUGACUGUUCGCCUCCUCCCCUCCCCCUCUCCUGUUACUACGCGCAGCUGUAUCUCAGCUACGUGGACGUACUGCGAGACAACAAACGCACACGCGGACUGCGACUGCACCUGUAUACAGAGGGUCUGAACAGGCGCAAAAAGACUCUUGUCAGAGAAGUUCAUUUCUCUGACACUUGUCAGGACGUUGCUACGCUACUAGGCACUCCGCAGCGGGUCUUCUUCAAAGCCGAAGACAAAAUGAAGAUACACAGCCCCAACGCUCAUCGUAGAGUAACGGCUCGUAGAUCAGACUUCUUCUUCAAUUACUUCUCUCUGGGAAUGGAUAUUCUAUUCGAUGCCCGGACUCAGAAGGUGAAGAAGUUUGUUUUGCACACUAACUAUCCGGGCCAUUACAACUUCAACAUCUACCAGCGAUGUGAGUUUCACUUGGGCUUCCCACCGCAAGCUGCUGAGGACAAGAAGACCAUUCAGAUCUCGGCGUACACAAAGUGGGAUAGUGUGUGUGAGAGUGUGAAGCCGUCCGAGCGCCCGGUGGUCCUCAACAGGGCUUCCUCUACCAACACCACCAACCCUUUCGGUUCCACCUUCUGCUACGGCUUUCAAGACAUCAUAUUUGAGGUGAUGUCCAACCAGCACAUAGCCUCGGUGACCUUAUACCUCGCCCAGGAAGGUAGUCAAGUAUGACGAUGGCUCACCGCCAUGUAUCUAGUCCUGGCGGGAACGUUUUGCCAUUUCUGAGCUCUUUAGGUUCACGGGCUAUUCAGUGCCAAUCGCAGUUUAUUGAGUAUUUUCAAAUUCUGGCUUUUGUUCACAUGAGGGCAGACAUUGCUACGUUUGAUUAUUGAUAGAUUAAAAAACCCAAAAAAAUACUUUAUCGAUUGAAGCUCAGUUAAAAAUUGUUAACUAUUUUCGGUUUUUUGUAUAAGUAUAUAAAGGUUGCGGAACUUGUUUACAUUUUACCAUCCAUUUCAAUGUUACAAACCUCUAUAUUGAGCGUUGUUCAAUAUGAAGGUUAAGAGCAUAUUUAUAUCAAAUCAGUUCUUACAUUGAAAACUAAUAAAUUGGUUACUACGUACUAUACUCCAAAUUUCUACAGUUGAGAUAUUUAAAAAUAUAAAUAAAGAAUCUUACAUUUGAUGUUAUUUUUAUAGAGAAUCAGGCAAGCAAGCACUAUGUGUAUUUUUGGAACUAUUCUGAUGGCGGUUUGUGACGUUUACAUCAUGAAAAGCUGGUCAUUAUUAUUUUUUGUCCUUGCUGAAAAAAACCUUAGACUCUUCUACCCCCAUUGGCAAGGGGUUCACGGAAAAAUUACAAAAAAGAGGCAUAUAACACAUUUAAAUUGUAAAAAAUAAAACAGGUAGGAAGGGGAAAAUUUUCCUUGUAGGUCUGCUGUUACAGGGAUGUUUCAUAUUACCUUUUAGCUCUGUCUGCCCUCUAAAAUAUUAUCCAUAGCUAAGUGACAGCAAAAAUACUGUAUAGAUUACCCGUUUUAAUUAUUUUUAGGUUACAACAUGAUCCCCUCUACCCUACGAUCUAUUACAUUAACUGGGUCCAAAUUAAUAAUAUAGAUUUUAGUAUUAUUAUCUGGUCAAGUAAAUUACAAAUCAAAUAAUUAGAGCUAUUGACACGUAUCUUUUUAAAGGGAAAUACAAAAACAUUUUAUGUUGUAAAAAUGUUACAUGUUUGACAAACGAAGGGUUGGUAGCUGUUUAAAAUGUUGUUACUGUCUUCUUAAAGGAAUGGUCUUUACGUGUUGGCAGUAAAAUUUACAAAAGAUUUAAAAUAUUUUAAAAGAUAUAAUGAUUGGUAUUACCGUAUUACUUAAUCAGAAGGAUUGUGGAGGAUUAAGGCUACGUUUUAUUUUCAAAAAAUAAGUACGUAUGUUGAAACUUUAAUUAACUUAGUUUAUUCAGUUUUAUUUGAACGUUAGAAUAACAUUUAUUUGUAUAUGCUUGGUAAAAGACCAUUUGCAUUAAUUUUUAAACACAGUAUUCUGUUAUAAGGUUUUUUGUUUGGGAGAUUUGUUUAUUUUGCUUACCUGCAGUAAACAAAAAUCCUUAAAUUUUCAAUUUUCCCUUGUGCCAUCACAGCAUUCCUUUCGUUAAUUUCUAAUCAGUUUUGUGUAAAGUUAACUCUUUUUUUUCACCAGUACAGGGUAGAGUGGUAGAUCUGUUAUAAGGUUAAGUUAGCUAUCACCAUGUGCAAUAGUUUGUAGUCCAACAUUAAGUGAUUUAGCCCUUAUAUCCCUAGAGUGCCUUUCUUCUUUACUGACUUGAUCGGGUUCACAAAGAUUUUAAAUCCACCCAAUUUUUAAAUAUUUUUUUUUUUUUACAAUUUAACCUUUGUUUUUUAGCAUUGCUGAUCCAAGCACAGUCCGAAAUUUGUAAGCACUUGUGUUUGAUUGCAGUUACAGUAGAUUUUCUCUCACUUAAAAACCUCUUGUUCAAACUAAAAAGUCUGAAUGAUCGAUUAAUACAGAGUUAAUGGUUUGGUUUAAAACCAUACAUCAUGCGUGCAAAAUUAAUUAACCAUGGUACUGUAAAGGAAAAAAAUAAGGAAAGCAGCAGUUAUGGGUUUCUACCAAAUAUAGGUAAAAAGAGGUUUUUUUAUGUUGGUAUGGUCAAAGUGUCAUUUCAGUAUAGGUUUUUUGAACCUAACAAAUACAAACCUAUGUGAUUGAAUCUACUGUAACUUACCUCAAGUGUGUGCAGUAUAAAGUCAAGUUAGUGAAGAUAAAUAAAAUAUAGUUAUCAAGCUCCUCUUCUAUUUUGUUCGCUCAGAAAUCGGAUAAAAAAGAAAAACGAAAAAAAAUUAGUAAUAUUACAAAACCCCAAAAAAAUGUAAUGGGCAAGUAAUAGAUGUACUUAUUAAUCCCUGAGGAAGUGUUCAUUUUAAGCAGUUGCUGUGUAUAUAGUGUAUCGUGCAUGUUUGAACCGCUUAUGGACUUUGUUGUUUAUUUUCUGUACAUAUCCAGAUGAAAUUGUUAUUUAUUCAGUGAAUUGUUAAACCAUUAUUGGUUAUUUUACACCAGUAAAGUCAAAAUAUUGUGAUAAUCGUGUGAGGUAGUGAUGUUAAACCGUACCUCGUUUAAUAGACAUUUAAUAGCAGAUUAGUUUGCAUCAAUAAUAGCGAGAUACAACAGCAUCUUCUCUUUUACCCAUCCAGUGUUAGACUACAUGACUACAUACUUGUGUCAGUUGUAUCGAGUUGAAAAAAUAAAAUCUACUAAAUAUUAUAUAUUUUAGUAUUUUGAAUUUUUGUAUAAAUGUUAGAUAUUGUAACACUACACGUAAAAAGUUGGUUUCAUUUGAUUUACCCACUUAUAAAGCAGUAUUUGAAACCAAUUUGUGAAAUCUAAUGAACUUAGUCCGCUGGACGGACGUUCAAUUAUGCAAAUUGGUUUUCACAAAAUCUUUUAACAAGUUUUGUUUCUUCAGUGUCCCGUUGUACACUACAGCAAUAACUUUUGUUAGUAUUACACUUUAUAAGUAAUAUUUUGGUUGUAAAUGUAGGUGAGUUCAAAUGAUUCUUCUUAGGGAAAUGUGUUGUAUUCGUCUGUAUAUUUUGAUCAAUUGAAGGAUCUCAAAACAAUUGUUGUGUGUUGUGUGCAGGUUUGUUAUUCGUAUUACGAGUGAACCUUAUGUAUAACUAUGGAUUGUAUUUAAUUAAUUCUAAACCCUGUUAACACCAAGUAUACCUUAUGGUUUGAAGGCAGGGACAUUUUGAAUGUUUAUCACUAGGCCUAUAUAAUACUUUGCAAGCAUUGUUUAACCAAUUUACACUCUUUAAUAUUGUUUUUUGCAAUUAUUUAACCUUUCAGUUAGUUGUAAUAUUAUUGAUAAUCAGAUUUUAUUUGUGUCCAUACAAAAUUAGUAUUUUAAACUAAUUGUAGAUGUUACAAAUAUUUUAUUAAAAUUAGUGAUAGUGUAUGUCAUAAAAAAUACUUUUAUUUUUGUAUUUUGCACGAAUAUUUUGCUCAAAAGUGUCAUAUUUUAUUUGAAUGAUGAUUUAAUUCCAUGUUGUUAUUUUACGUUUGGCAAAUUUGACAAUUAAUAAACAUUUGAA